AUGAAGCUUUUCUCCAUCGUGUCCGCUGCCCUCUUCUGGGCGCAGACCGCGUGGACUCUCUCCCUUGAUGUCACGGACACUGACUCAAUCUGUGAUGCUGCUGCAUGGAUUGUUCGGGGCCAAAUGAACUACUACGAAGGCUUGAAACCCGGGGGUACCGUGGGAAUGUUUAGUACGCCUUACUACUGGUGGCAUGCCGGUGAGGCUUUUGGUGGUUGGGUUGAUUAUUGGUACUUCUGCGCUCAGGACAACCAUACCUUCACGGACUUGCUCUUUGACGCCAUGUAUCAUCAGAGAGGUGAAGACAACACCUACAUGCCAUCUAACCAGAGUAUGACUGAGGGUAAUGAUGACCAGGGAGUGUGGGGUAUGGCCAUUAUGCAAGCUGUGGAGCGAAACUUCACUAACCCAGACGACUCCAGUUGGCUCAACUUCGUCCAGGGUAUCUUCAACACAAUGAAUAACCGUUGGGACACCACUACAUGUGAUGGAGGUUUGAGAUGGCAGAUUUUCACCUGGAACAACGGUUACAACUACAAGAACUCCAUUGCCAAUGGAUGUUUGUUCCAUCUUGCUGCCAGAUUGUAUAGAUACACCGAAGAGCCGCUCUACUUGGAGUCGGCAGAGCGGGUGUGGGAAUGGAUGUGGAACAUUAGUUUCAUUGUCGACUCGCCCAGCUUCGUCAUCUACGAUGGUGCUGAUGACACUGAGGCUUGUACUGAUUUGACUGUUCACAAGUGGUCGUACACAUACGGUAUUUUCUUGGCUGGCUGUGCCUACUUGUACAAUGCUACCGGUGAUGAGAAAUGGAAGACUGGUGCUACGCAAAUCCUCGAUGCAUCGCUGUACUUCUUCAACUCCACCAGUAACGGCGAGAUCAUGACGGAAACCACAUGUGCAGGGUCUGGAAACUGUAACAACGAUCAGAGGUCUUUCCGCUCGCUUUUCUCUAGAUGCUUGUCGUUGACCGCCAGCUUGAUGCCAGAGUUCUACAACCAGAUCUACAACGACUGGUUGACGCCAAGUGCUAAGGGUGCUGCUCAGUCGUGCAGUGGUGGUUCGGAUUACAUCACAUGCGGAGAGAAUUGGGCAUACAAUGGUUGGGACGGUAAGUACGGUCUUGGAGAGCAGAUGUCUGCAUUGGAGGUGAUUUUGGGGCUCACUGCUUCUGACCACCUUCCAUUGACGCCUCAGACCGGAGGUUCCAAUAAGGAUUCCAAUGUAUCUGCUGGUAACAAUACCAAGGUCUCCACCAACACCAAUGAAAUCACGGUGUCUACUGGCGACAAGGCAGGAGCUGCUGUGCUUACUGCUGUCGUGCUCGGCACGAUUCUUGGAGGAUCCAUUUGGAUGUUGUUUUAG